AUGCCGAAGAUUGGCUUCUAUCGCUCAUAUGGUAAGACCUUCAAGAAGCCCAGGCGCCCCUUCGAGAAGGAGCGCCUGGACGCCGAGCUGAAGCUGGUCGGCGAGUACGGCCUGCGCAACAAGCGCGAGCUGUGGCGCGUGCAGAUGGUGCUGUCCAAGAUCCGCAAGGCGGCGCGUGUGCUGCUGACGCUGGAGGACAAGGACCCCAAGCGCAUCUUCGAGGGCAACGCGCUGAUGCGCCGCAUGUACAAGUACGGCCUGCUCAACGAGACGCAGGACAAGCUGGAUUACGUGCUGGCUCUGUCGCCGCAGGACUUCCUGGAGCGCCGCCUGCAGACGCUCGUGUUCAAGCAGGGGCUCGCCAAGUCGAUCCACCACGCGCGUGUGCUGAUCCGCCAGCGCCACAUCAGGGUGGGCAAGCAGGUGGUGAACAUCCCCUCGUUCCUUGUGCGCGUCGACAGCCAGAAGCACAUCGACUUCAGCCUCACCUCGCCCUUUGGCGGCGGCCGCCCCGGCCGCGUGAAGAGGAAGCACCAGGCCGCCAAGGGCGGCGGCGACGCCGAGGACGACGAGUGA